GACACUGAUGGCUCGACCUUUUGGAAGAAACGUCAAGGAGAACUUUUUAUCUACAUGCACCGACAGAUGGUGGCGAGAUACGAAGCUGAACGCCUUUCGAACGGUUUGCCGCAAGUCAAAGAAUAUAGUGAUUAUACCGAAGUAAUACAAGAACAUUAUUAUCCCGAUGACGAUUUAAGCGCUACGAGAUCUGGUUCAGUCAUCACAUUUUCCGCUCGUGAAUCUGGGGGCGUGCUAAAAGAUGGAUUAAGUUCAACUGGUCAGGACGGCUCUGUCAGAGAGGGUACCAAAGUUACAGAUUUGGCAAAUAACCGCGACUUAUUGGUAAGAACCAUCGAGCAAGGUUAUUUUGAAGAUGUCUCAGGUUCCAAGUCCAUUAAGACGGCAGACAAUCUUGAUCUGUUGGCAGUUGCCAUUGAAAUGGGAAUUACGCAAAGGACUUAUCAAAAUUAUUCGGCGGAUGUUUGGGGUAGCAAAUACCCGUCGUUCCAUAAUGAUGGGCACAUUUUGAUUAGUCAAAUCGGGAUCACCGAUUCAUCACAACCUUGGGGUGUGAUGAGCAACAACGCGGUCGCAUCUCGAGACCCAAUGUUCUACCGUUGGCAUACAUAUGUUGACAAUCUAUUCACGAAGUUCCAACACAAACUUGGACCCAAUCAUUUUAGACCUGACGAUGUACCUGUGAGAAUACCACAUAAUGGCAUAUUCUUUGUAUUUAAGGAUAAAAUUGCAAAUGCUACUCCUGCAAAUAUUGCGACGGUGGCUUCUCAAUUUGCGGCUACCAUUAAAGACAAAGAUCCACAUAACGCGACAAAUAUCUUGGAGACUAAGAUGAAAAUAAGAGACUACGAAUGGAGAGAAGGUGGAGAAGAUGAUGGGGAAAUUACAGACAUCUCGAAAAUUGAAUAUCUAUUUCCAAGGGAAUGGUAUUAUUUCUUCCGUGUGGAAAAUCCCACCUCUCAGGAUGUGAAUGUUACAUUCCGAGUAUUUAUGGUUCCCGAAGCAUUCAAGAAUAAUCACGCUCGUUAUAUUGAACUUGACAAAUUCCAACAAGUCAUUCCUGCCAAAAAAACUACAGUUAUUGCACGUGAUUGUGAUAAAUCAUCAGUGGUGGCUCAACCGCCAAAGAAAACUGCAGAUGAUUUAGAUGAUGUCGCGGAUGUUCCGGAUGCGGACUACUCGGAAUUCUGCGAGUGUGGAUGGCCAUUCCAUUUAGUGUUGCCUCGUGGUACUGGUGAAGGCUUGCCGUGUAAAUUAGUAGUGUUUAUUAGCCCUGGUACAGAUAAAGUUGAUGCUGUAAAGAAAUGUGGUUCUUUAUCUUUCUGCGGUGCGGAGGAUCCGAAGGGAGAUUACCCUGAUACUAGAGAAAUGGGAUAUCCUUUCAAUCGACCAUUCAAGAAUGGUUCUUGCGAUGAGGCAUUCUCUGGAUUAAAAUAUGUCGCCACGAAAGACUUCAAAAUUAAAUUGGUUG